AUGAUUGAACGUCGGCUGCACUGCAAGAGUCCAACUAGUAAAGAACGCGCAGGUCGAAAUAAGUGUAGAGUUCAAUGGAAGGUGCAUACUUGCAAAACAGCAUCGACCUGGGUGAUUCUUCAGAAUGAAAAAGUUCACGUGCGCGGAGAAAUGGCGUGCGCCGUCCUCCCUCGGCCCAAAGUGACGCCAGAGAUGCGAAACUACAUCCAGCGCAUGGACGAAAAUGCCGUACCCCCCCCCCCCCGUUGA